AUGGUGAAAGAAAGCGACCUCAAAUCGACGGAAGAAGACACCGAAAUGAUUAACGUUGCGGAAGAACCGAUGACGAUGGAAAUGAACGAACCUGCUUCUACUCUGGGUUCUCCUACACCUCUAGUGAUCGAUCUGCUCGGAUUGAAUCUCAUCAGACUCUUCACGCGGGACAAUACAGUCCCCUUCCCCGAUGAACCUAACCAGGAAUACUUCCGUCCCAUCGAGGCGAUUGAGGAAAUGAUCCAGACAAUCAAUGAGGGUGGGGACUCGUUGGGGGCUUGGAAGAAGAUGGACAGCUAUCCAAUGCUGACAAAGGAAGAAAUGCGUCAGUGGGUAUUGGAAAAUUGUAAGAAGGGUGCUUCUCCGGAUCAAGAUUAUUCGGAGAAAUCAGAGGGGGAGGGGGAUGGGAGUGAGGAGGGAAAGAUGGGUGGUGAGGAGUAG